AGAAAUUUCUGUGGAAAAAACUGUGUGUUCCAGGAACGGGGAUUCUUCACGGUACCUUCCAUACAAAUUCAAGGAAAAACCGAAAGACGUUGAACUGUGACAGAACUUUGAACCUUCCUUCACGCGAGAAGGUCAAUACUCUCAUAACUCAAACACGAGGAAAUUUCCAUCCGGGCUUCGCAGAAAUGACCUUGUUGAUUCAUGGAAGCAUGUAGAUUGCUCUGUAAUAUAUACAUGAGUUCUAUAACCGUUCAAUUACUAAAAACUGAAAACUUGCAAUCUCAAAUAAUUUGCCGAAUUACGUGAGACAAACAUCUAAAUUUGUGGAGAAUUUGCGAAACCUUAGACUAAGAAUUUCGUUUUGGCGAAUAUAGAAUGGUUAGCUUCAAUUCAACUGUGUCUGGAGUGGAUUGUUCAGCAGACGAUAUUGAAAACGUACUUUGCUCACAAUCCCCAAAUCAGAAGGGAAUGCCAGAGACCUUUAGGGAGGAGACCGCUGAGUUUCAGAAUGUGGAAGAUGCAUGUAUACGACUGCCACUAAAGCUUAUAAGGCUACUUAAGCUAACUUUGGUGCUGUUGGAUGAUGUUUGGUCCAAGGCUAAUUUGGGGAAUUUACCAUUGGAUGCUCCAGAAUACAUGAUGGUUAUCACAAUCAGAGAGGGUUUCACCGACCUCAGAAAACCCUUUAUUAGACUCUGUCAAUUGCCGUUGUUCAUCCACGAGUGUCCUCUCUCAUUGAAUGGAGAACUUCAUGAUGGCUGGGAGAACAUAAAGAACGAGCUUUGGAAGGGAAAGUCAAUAUCCUGUUAUCGCAGAGAAAGCAUUCUUGAAUGCCCGAAGAUCCAUAUUGAUUUCUUGGAUGAUGUUCGGAGGGAAUGUUUCUUAGACUUGGCUUCAUUUCCAGCGGACAAGAAAAUCUGCGCUGAUGCACUGCUUGACAUUUGGGUUCGUGUUCGGAAGAUGGAAAAGCAGGAUGCCCUUAUUUUGUUAUGGGAACUUGCAAGCAGAAAUUUCUUGAAUCUAAUCGGCAAUCAAGGAAGCCCAGCAACACUCCCUUACGAAAGUUCCUCUGAGCUGUUCUUUACGCAGCGCGCUGUGGUGCGAGACUUCGUAUGGCAUUUGGGAUGCCAGGGCAGUCCAGUCCAUAGAAGGAGGCUACUCAUGCAGAGGAAGGAACAUAGCCUUCCAGGGGAAAGGAGGUUGCUUAGUGAUACACCACUUAAAGCUCAGAUUGUUUCUGUUCACACAGGUUCUAUGGCUGAGAAUGACUGGUAUCAGAUGAAUCUUCCGGAGACAGAGGCUCUGGUGUUACACUUUUCUGCAAGAGAAUACUUUCUUCCUCCAUUUCUGAAAACUAUGAAGAAACUCAAAGUUUUAAUAGUAUGUAAUUUGGGUUCACAGAGGACCACAAUUAAAGGUCUGGAUGCCUUAUCUUCACUCACUCAGCUCAGAAGUCUUCGCUUGGAGAGGUUGGUUGCACCCGCUAUUCCCAAAGAGAGCAAAGUGAUACAACAUUUGGAGAAACUUUCUCUAAGCUUAUGUGAAGGGUUUGUAAAAAUGUCCACAUUCAACGACUCCAGUUUGCUUGAAUUUAGCCUGGACCACUGCAGCGAUUUGGAGGAGUUACCCCCUGCCCUCUGCAAUAUGCCCUCUGCUCAUACUUGGUCUGUUACCAACUGCCAUCUGCUUGAAAAGUUACCAUAUAAUCUCGGAAAUCUGAGCUCUCUCAGAACGUUAAGAUUAUCAGCAUUACCAGGCCUGAAAGAGCUUCCAGAAUCAAUUGGAAAACUUGAGCAACUGGAAUUUCUAGACAUUUCACUUUGUGAGGGCUUGAAGGAACUUCCAGAAGAGAUAGGUCAACUCAAGAAAUUGGAAAAGAUUGACAUGAGAGAGUGUUCUCGUCUCAGAAGGUUGCCUAGAAGUGUUUGUGGAUUAAACUCCCUCAAACAUGUUAUAUGCGAUGAGAAGAUCGAGAACCAGUGGUUGCGAGCUCAGGCCCUUGCUAUUCCUGAUCUUAGAGUUGAAAUUGUGGAAGCACAAUUCACUUUGGAUUGGCUUGAAGGUUGAUUUUUUUCCUAAUCUAACAGAGCAGUAGCUCCAACCGACGUUGAUGAAAAAAUCUCUCUUUUAUGGCAGCAGUGGCAAUGGGAAUCAUUCCUGUCAUUAAAUCUAAAUACCAUAUGGAUUAAACAAAAGUGUUUUAUUCGAUGGUCGCUGUGGCUCCAGUGUGAUUAUUUGAAAGUGGAGCGAAUUCGUGGAGCUUCUCAAGGAAAAUCUGAUAAAGCGAUUUCGAGUGAAGCUUUCGCAAUCAGGAAAGCAAUCCUCUGUAUUCUUAACUUCCAAGCCAUUGUAUUAUACUGUAAAUUUUACUAUUAAAUAUUGACAAUCAAUUGAAAAGCUAAAAUUCAAUUGAUCAAAAUGUUGGCAUGUUUUUCA